AUGGGUUUCCACUACACUGACACUCUCGAGAAACAUAAUUGGGUUGGCGGUGGGGCCUACGCUUAUGUCUACCACGUCAGUCCAACUAUUGUGGUGAAAACUGUUCGUCCCGACCGAAGUCCUGAGGAGGAGAUGGAAGAGCAUCCUUUGCUCAAGGAUAUCGCUUUUUACAAACGUCUUAAUGAGCGUCAGGACCGAUGUCCAAAUAUUGUGGAUUGUUUUGUCAUGCUUCCAGAUCAUCUUUUUCUAUCAUAUUGUGCGAAUAAUGCAAUCAUCUGGCGCUUUCAUGAACGCCAGGAGCGAGAAGGUGAUCAUAUUCUUGGGCGUCUUAUCCGCGUGAAGGAUUACGAGGAUCCUGCUCUCAUCGCUCGAUGGAUACAACAACUCACAUCUGCCCUUGAAUAUGUGGAGGAAAUGGGUUUCUGUCACAAUGAUCUAAACACAACCAAUUGCCUUCUUGAUGGGAACUUCAAUUUGAAGCUGACUGAUUUCGGUCGCGCCACCACCAUUGGGCAGUUUCUAGAAUAUACCAGUGCUCCAUGGGCCAUACGAUUAACUGCCGGGCCCUUGAAAGGCACUUAUGGCCUCUGCUCUGCCAGGACUGAACAGUUCGCCGUUGGGUCAAUCCUCUACUUCAUGGUAUACGGUCACAAACCCUAUGAAGACAUUAACCUAGAUGGGCGGGAAUUGGAACACCGAUUUGCGGAAAUGAAGUUCCCGGAGCUAAACCGCCACAAAAUCUUUGAUGGUCUCAUUUUUGGUUGUUGGUAUAAUGUCUAUCCUACUAUGGCUCUGGUAGCAUACGAUUUCAAGCGCAAAACAAAAGACAUUGCAUCGAUCACAGAAUAUGAAACUAUUGACCGCACAAAGGAGGAAAAAACUUGCGAAGCACUGAUCCAAAAAGGAAUAUUGGGUCCGGAAUUGGCGCUUCGCUUUCAGCCACUCUGGCGAAAGUAUCUACAUGCAGCAAGCAAGAAUCCGGUUUUGGCUCUGGCCUUGAUCGAUAAUCCGCUGGAACCGAACUUUGCAUACUCGGAUCGCUAUUGA